AUGGACCGGACGCCGUGGACUCUUACGCGCUUACAGCGUGCAGUAGAGAACUUCUCUGCGCAAUUAUUAUGUGCCAUUUGUCUCUGUGCUUAUGAUAGUCCUGUGUCUUUACCCUGUAAUCAUUGUUUUUGUGAGGAAUGUAUCCAUCGAGCAUUGGAACUGAAGGCAUUGUGUCCAAUUUGCAAGACCCCGGCCAAAAAGAGACGACUACGUUAUGAUACGACAGUACGAGAGCUUCUUCGAGCGACAGAGAUACUUUGUGCUGCACCAGCAAUGAAAACAGAGGACGAGAGGGCGGUAGAGGAGAGCAAGACGAGUAAAGUUGCGGGUCCUAACGUUGCUGAUUCAUUGGAGCAACAUACGUUACCACGACGUGGGAAACGCAACUUAAGGACCACAAAUUCGACAUUAAUGGACGUUUGGAUGGAUAAUGGACACUCUCAGGUGAACAAGAAUAUGAAACUGAAGCAAGAAAAGGUUUCGAGUCCAAGGAGAUCAAUGGAGAAAAUGGAUUCAUUGCUUUCUCCUGCAAUUUUUGACGGUAGGACGCUGUCUCGGUCAAAACUUGAUGGAAUGAAUGGAAAUAAUGGAACUUUGUGUACUAUUGAGAAUGGAACGCAAUUCAAAGACGCAGAAUUGAAAAACGUCGUUGCAGUGGGUGAUGUUGUCGUUGACACUGAAGUGGAACUAGUAAAACAGGAAGAGCAGAAAGAGAAAAUGUUAACACGGAGACGGUCAAGUACAGAUGGAGAAGUUGUGGUAAUUGAUGAAACUCAAGUGGAGAUAGAUCAGAGUCGACAACUGCAGUCUACUGCAAGUCAAGCUCCUAUUGGAAAUGGAAAAGCAGGACAAUUGAUGCUUCAGACACCGACACCACGUUCUCGACGACGGUCUGCUACUAAUGGCAUCAAACUAGAUGCUGCAGUGAGUAAAACGCUGAAGAAAGUGGCUGUUUCGAACGGAAAUAUUGCAUGUACUAAUGGAGUAACAACAACUUUGUCAUUAGAUGUUGAUAGUCAAAUGCAGCCACUAUCUCAUGUCGAAAGCGAAGUCUUUCAAGUCGGAGAUGUGGUAGAAGUAAUUGAGCGGCAGUGGGUGGGUAUAAAUAAACAAGGCGGUGCAGCGCGUAUUACAAAGUUUCAUGGAGACGGGUUUUACGCAGUUAAAUUUGUCAUUGGAGGCAAGGAUAAUAGGGUGCCAGGAACAUUUAUCCGUCGACCUGCAGAGGAAUUGAUUUCAGAUUCGACGCCAAGUCGAUCCGCUAAAAAGCGUCAACGUCAACGUGUUUCCGACAAAAUGAAUACGCCGGAUCGCCUGGCUACAAAAACGACAGGGUCUACAGACAGUAUGAAAGCUAAGUCAAAAACCAAGAGAAAACGCUCGGAUAUGGUAUUUCUUUGCUCGGGAUUUAAGGACCGGCGAAUGCAACAGAUCGAAGAGUGGGCAAAUCUGCUUGGAGCUGAAGUUGUUCAGUACUGGUCCAAUGACGUGACCCACUUGAUUGUGGAAUGCGUAAGCAAGGAUGAUGCCGAGAAUGAGGGCCCUUUAAUAGACGAUUCUGAUUCUACACCCUUCCCGCAGAGCCAUCAAAAUGAAAAUCGUGGACUGUUUGGCGGCCCGAAGUCAGGUCGAUGGGUUAAGAUUCGAUCACUGAAAUACCUCCAGGCUCUUGUUUGUGGUCGAUGGAUUGUGAGCGAAGAGUGGCUUCAAGCUUGUGCCGAGCACGGCGGCUAUGUCAAGGAAGUAAACUAUGAAGCCGAUGGUCAUUGGAAGGGAACAAAAAUUCACGACGCCGUUAAGCGAUCGCGGCUAACACGAGAAAAGCUUCUACAACUAUCUUCACCAGAGGUUGAUCGUUCAACUGUUGGCACGAUGCUUUUUGCAGAUUUCUGCUUUCACAUCAUUGGCGAGUUUUUACCACCCAUGCCGUCUGCAACGGAUUUAAAAACUUUGAUAUGCAUGGGUGGCGGAGAGCUGAUCGCACUCAUCCCUGACGAGACAUACAUGCGUGACAAGCGCGCGCGGAAGCUUAUCGUCGUGUCAGAUAAGAUCAAUCCAGUUGCUCUGCGUCAGCAGACAAAGCAACUAAAAGCGCAGCCAGAAAUGAAAGCGGUAUCUUCGGCGAUUAUUGUAAAUUAUCUCUGGGUGAUCAACAGCAUCAGUGAAGCGAACUUGCGCGAGCUUCCUUGA